AUGAUUGCGCUCCGGCAGUCCUUCCACCGACGCCCGCUAUCCAUCGUCCUAGGAGUCUCGCUGCUCCUGUUCAUCUUCUGGGUCAGCUCGCGCUACUUGCAGACAGACACAUGGCAGCCCAACACUCCAGGCACAGGCUCCGGCCGCGUCGCCAAAGUGAGCAUGCUGUACGGCAAGAGGAACUUGCUGUACGAGCGCGCCCUGCGCAGCCACCAGCGCCACGCGAACCGCUGGGGAUACCCGAUGUACGUCCUGCGCGAGGACAUCUCGGUCGGCUUCUGGAACAAACCGAGUUACUUGCUCUCGCUGGUUGUCCAGGAGUUGACCAAGCCGUCUGCCGAGCGGGCUGAGUGGUUCAUGUGGGUCGACGGCGACUCGAUCAUCCUCAACGACGACAUCCCCGUGGAGAUCUUCCUCCCGCCACCCGACAUCACAGACGUGCACGUUGUCACAGCGAAAGACCAGAACGGCCUCAACACGGGCAUCGUCUUCUUGCACGUGCACCCGUGGACGAUCAGCAUGCUCGUCGAGACCCUUGGCCACCCGCUGUACAAGCCCGAUAUCGAUCUCGGCCGCUCCGCCGACCAGGAAGCCAUGGCGCGCGUGCUGAACAAGACAGAGGGCGGGCCCGACCAGCGCGGCUACAAGGACGGGGUCAUCUACUUGCCGCGGCCGUGGAUCAACACGUACGAGUGGCACCACGCCUACGAGGGCAAACGAGGUAACCUGCUCGUGCACUUUCCAGGGCUGGAAGAGGAGCGCUGGAGCCAUAUGUCCAAGUGGCUGGACAUUGUGGAAUACACGCCUGAGAAAUGGCGGGUGCCGCUGGAGGAGACCGAGUACUAUACGAAGACGGCGGACUUCUGGAACCAGGUGCGCACAGCUAAGCAGUGGAUUAAAGCGACCGAGGAGAAGCUCAGGUCACCGGCGCUGAAGGGUCGGGAGCAGGUUGAAGAGGGUGUACGCGAGCUGAAGAGGGCGCUCUAUGAGGAGGCGGAUAAUAUGGACUUGCUGCGGCAGCGGAUUGAGGAUUUGAGAGCCGUGUUGCAUUUUGAUUGA